CGGCGGGCGGCACCCGGCCUCGCCCAGCCUCUCCCCGCGCUGACCUCGGCACCUCGGAAUGAAACAGCCCGUUGUUCGAGCCGCCCUCUGACCCCUCCAUUCGGGGCGUUGCUUUCUAUUCGCCCGGAUCAUGGGUAGGAGGUGAGGAACGCCUGGGUUUAGGAGGUUGGAUCCACGCCAGGCCUGUGGCCUUAGCCCCGGGGCCACCAGGCGGCUGCGAUCGGGCGGGAGGACAGAUCGCCUGUUCCGCUGUUGCAAAGCCAUGGGCUCCGGGGGCUCCAGCGCCGCGCAGAUCCCGGACGCGGACAACAUUCGGCGGGAGACGGGCUUCUCGCAGGCCAGUUUGCUCCGUCUCUACCACCGGUUUCGGGCCCUGGACAGGAACAAGAAAGGUUACCUGAGCCGCGUGGACCUGCAGCAGAUCGGGGCGCUGGCUGUGAACCCCCUGGGGGAUCGCAUUAUAGACAGCUUCUUCCCUGAUGGGAGUCUGCGAGUGGAUUUCCCAGACUUUGUGAGAGUCCUGGCUCACUUCCGACCUGUAGAUGAGGACACAGGAACCCGGGACCCCAACGAACCUGAACCUCUCAACAGCAGAAUGAACAAACUUCGCUUUGCAUUUCAGCUGUAUGAUCUGGAUCGAGAUGGGAAGAUUUCCAGGCAUGAGAUGCUACAGGUACUCCGGCUGAUGGUUGGGGUACAGGUGACAGAAGAGCAGCUGGAGAGCAUUGCUGACCGCACAGUGCAGGAAGCUGAUGAAGACGGAGAUGGGGCUGUGUCCUUCCUGGAGUUCACCAAGUCCUUAGAGAAGAUGAACAUUGAGCAGAAGAUGAGCAUCCGGAUCCUGAAGUGACCUUCAUUGUGCAUCUGGCCAGCUUGAAAAGAACAGUUCUGCCUGGGGUUCGUCCUUAGCGUCCAUGGAAGGAUGGGCUCCAAUAAACUGUAUUUUUACAUCUACAUUGAACUAUAUUUAGGGUCAAGGAGGCAAAGCUGAAUGGGUGUGUACUAAAGUCUAACUCAUUUGAUUCUGGAUAAGCAAAUCAGCCAAUAAUCUUGGUUGCAAGUGACUGAAAUGCCAAAUCAAAGGGACUUCAGUUAAAAGGGGACUUUUUGGACUCAUAAAAGUGUGGAAGUGUCUUCAGGCACAGCUGGAUUCAAAAGCGCUCAUGAUGCUAUCUGGACUCAAUUAUUUUCUAUCUGUCAGAUUUUUUUUUUUUGUAUGUGUUGGCUUCAUUCUAGAAAGGGUCUUUCCUCAUGGUGGAGGAUGGCCACCACUUGCUCCAGGCUUCCUCAGUAACCCAGUGGGAACAGAUUUCAUUUUGCAAUAAUUUCAUGCAAAGAGCGUCAUCAGCUCUCUGGGGCCUUGUCCCUACUUCAGGGGUAGGGAAUAUUCUGAUUGGCCUGGUGUGUGUCAUAUGCUAACUGCUAUAGCCAAGAAAUAGGUACUGAGGACUCAGGAUGGGGUAAGGGAUGUUUACUUAAACUUUAAGCCUUGAAGGACAACAAAGUGCUAUUAUCAGAGGAAGGGGGAUGAUGUUGGUUAGACAAAAUAAGAUAUCCAUUACUGUUAAGUUGACUAAAUGUAUGGAUUCCUGAAGUCCUUAAACAGGUUUUCACUUGAUCCCAUGGGUGCAUGCUGUUGAUUUGGGUGGAGGGGGAAAGAGGUGAUAUUAAAAUAAUAAACAAGACAUGCCUUCCUGUAAUAUGAAAUAGUUCAAAGUUUUGGAGAGUAAUUUCACUUUUUUAAUGGUGUUGAUACACCACAGAAAGAGUGUGAAAGUCACAUAAAAGCAUGAGAUUCUAGGUCUGGAGCAAAGCACUUUGGCUGUACCUAUGGGAGAUGUGUCGGUGCCCUGCCCAAGUCCUCUCCCAGAACUGUGCUGGAGUUGUCUUGUAUCAACACAUGAGAGCCAACUGUGCUCAUAUUUUCCUAACUCUACUUUCAGUGAUGUCACACUGGCACCUUGAAAUUGGCUGUUGUGGGAAUAUAUACACUAGAGGCUCUGGCAAAUGCAAUAGGCAGGGCUUUUCCACACAGGAGAGGCUGUUGUCAAACCUUUAUUUGUACACUGUCUGUCAGGUCUCACUAUUACCAUAUACUCAUAUGCCAGUGGUUCCUGAUCCCCAGCUUUAGUGAGGUAUAAU